AUGCAAUACAUGAUCUAUUUGACAUCUAUCCUUAGAAAUACUGGUUGUUUUUCUUAAACAAUCCAGUUCUUCAACUGUUACUUUUCCGUUUUGUAUACUGCAAGUUCCCAAGCAACUCACAUUUGCAAACACAGCUAUGGAUACACUAUUUGCUUUACAGUAGUUACCUGGGAAUCUAGGUCUGUGUUUUUUAUUAUUUUCCCCUCCCCUCCAUUUCUUAAUCAUAUAUAACUAGCAACAUUUAUGGUUGGAAGUUGAUUUACAAGUUCUUAAGUCUGUGGCUGAUGGUUUGUAGCCUCUAGUUUGAAGCAAGAGAAGAAUGAGCAGUCAGGAACUGGUCACUUUGAAUGUGGGAGGGAAGAUAUUCACAACAAGAUUUUCUACCAUAAAGCAGUUUCCUGCCUCUAGGUUGACACGAAUCAUAGAUGGAAGAGACCAAGAAUUCAAGAUGGUUGGUGGCCAGAUUUUUGUGGACCGAGAUGGUGUUUUAUUUAGUUUUAUCUUAGAUUUUUUGAGAACUCACCAGCUUUUAUUACCCACUGACUUUGCAGACUAUCUCAGGCUUCAGAGAGAAGCUCUUUUCUAUGAACUGGAUCCUCUGAUUGAGCUCUUAAACCAAGAACACUUGCUACAGCCAAGACCUGCUUUUUUGGAGGUGCAUUUCCUAAACCGACACACUCAAGCUCUUUUCAGGGUAUUUGGCUCUUGCAGCAAAACAAUUGAGAUGCUAACUGGGAGAAUUACAGUGUUUAUAGAGCAACCUUCAGCGCUGACCUGGAGUAGUAACGCUUUCCCUCCUCAGAUGACCUUACUUCCACUGCCUCCGCAAAGACCUUCUUACCACGACCUGGUUUUCCAGUGUGGCUCUGACAGCACUACUGAUAACCAAACUGGAGUCAGGUAUGUUUCUAUAAAACCCGAUAACCGAAAAUUGGCCAAUGGAACUAAUGUCCUCGGUUUACUAAUCGACACUAUAUUAAUGGAAGGCUUUCAUCUAGUCAGUGCUAGAACAUUAUCUUCUGAAGACAAAACUGAAUGCUAUAGCUUUGAAAGAAUAAAAAGGCCUGAAGCUUUCAUCAUGAACAAAACACUGAAACCAGAAACUACCAUCAUGUCAGAGCAAUCUCAGAAAAAAAAGUGAGGUUCUCUAUUCUCGUUUAGAGUAAAGAGAAAUUGCCAUUUUCUUGUUUGGAAAUUCUGUAUGUUAGUCAAAAUGUACUCAGCUUAACUUGUGGCCAUGUCUCCUAGCAUGCCAUCUGUGGCAACCACACCUCAGCAGUGUUUAAGCCAUAUGAACUGCUUGCUGCUCUAUAAAUAACACCAUGCACUUGGUCCUUUGGCACAUGUUCCUUCUACCUUCAAUGCCUCUUUCCAUUUCUUUUCUUCAUGAAGACUUAUACAGCUUGCAAGAAUGGGCUGUGGAAUCAGACUGCUUGAUUUCUAAUCCCAAGUCAAUCAAUUACUAGCUAUAUGACUUGGCCAAGUCAUUUAAGCUCUCUAUGCAUCAACCUCUUCAUCUAUCACAUGGGGAUAAUAUAUCUCCCUUGUAGGAUAUGUGAAAAUAAAAAGAGAUAAUGUACUCAACACAUCUCCUGGUACAUGGUAGGCACCAAGUAACUGUUGGUGAUGGUGAUUGUGAAGAAGAAGGAGAAGAAGAAGAAGAAGAAAAGGUGGUGAUUGGUGGCCCACUUUCAAUGGUACUUCUUCUUUGCAGCCUUGUUCUCCUCCUUUCCCAGGCAUAUUAAUCAGCCCUUUCCUCUGUACAGGCUUAUAUGCCAUCAAUAAAAACAAAUGUUUUUCACUUGAA